UGACGUCAGCGGGCUGCGUUGUUGCAGAGUCACUGCGACGGUUCGACUGUAAACAAGCGGCAGCACCGGAGCCCAGAACCGGGCCUUGACCACGGCCCCGCUGCUCCCCCACGGUGCUCACUUCUGCUGUUGAAACGUGACUUAUUUUGCUGAUCCGAGUGUCCGUGAACGGUUCCGUUACCGGAGGUUCGAUUCGUGUUUUCGCGGAGACCGUCGCUGGGAGCUAGCCUCUGGAGCUAGCAUCAGGAGCUAGCCUGCUAGCCUCGCUGGCUAGUCAACAUCCGAGGGCCACCUCCGGGGAGCCACCCCGCAUGCCCCGGGUAUCUCCCUCUCCCCACCGCGGCCCGGUUAUCCUGAACCCUGGGUGGCUGGUCAGAGCGUCCUCCUCCCACCAUGGAGGCAGGAGGGAAGGACUGCGAGGAGGAGACGCUGCAGUCGGCGUUCAAGAAGCUCCGGGUCGACGCUGAGAGUUUACCCGGAGCUGUGAGCGUCUCGGAGGCGUUGACUCCCAGAGCGCCAUCACGAGUCGGUCUGGAGACCAGCGGAGCCAAGCCCAAGCUGGGCUGCCCCAAGGACAACUGGCACGGCUGUAUGAGGAAAACCUCCAGAGGAGCCUCCAGAACUCAGCGGCGCCGGAGGUCCAAGUCUCCGAUCCUUCACCCCCCGAAGUUCACGUACUGCAGCCCGGCCACGGCUGCUGCCCUGUCGCCCCCUAGCGGCUGCCUGAAGCACCAGCGCCUGGCCGUGCCCGACCCGGCCGAGCCUCGUCCUGAUGGACUACCCGGCCCCUCGCUGGCCUCCCCGGCCCAGAAAGAGCUCUCGUCUUCGGUCACGCCGGGCCACAUCUCCCCGCUGGUGUUUGGGUCUCGUGCUGGUGAUGACACGCGUAUCGGGGGCGUGGUUCCCGAGAUCCCCGCCGUCAUUGUCGCGACGCCCUCCGGGCCGGACGGGAGGAGCUCCGGAGAGCCGAGCGAGGAGGGCGGUCCGGAGAAAAGUGCCUGCAAUGGAGCCGAGCCCGGAGCAGCGACACCCCGGAGAGACGGACCCGCAGAGGCCGCCGACUUCCGGGCUUUGUCCGAGCUCCACAGCAGCGGCUCUGCGGACGGCGGCCACGCCCCCUGCUCCUGCUCCCCGGAGGAGAGCGCUCAGGGGGCGGAGUCUGGGUGCCGGUGCCGAGCCGGUCACCGGGGCUGGCAGGGCGUCGAGGUGUACUCCUUCACGGGGCUCCGCAACGUCAUCUCGGAGUGCGAGAGGAACCUGCCGAGCCACGAGGACAGAACUCUGAGCGGUACCGCCGCCGCAGCCUCGUCGCCUUCGUCGUCCUCGUCGUCGGGCUCCCCGCGCUCGUGCUCGGAGCAGGCGCGAGCCUACGUGGACGACAUCACGAUAGAGGACCUUUCUGGCUACAUGGAGUAUUAUCUAUACAUCCCCAAGAAGAUGUCACACAUGGCAGAGAUGAUGUACACUUAGAGGCAGAGGAUGAUUAUUAUUAUUAUUAUUAUUAUUAUUAUUAUUAUUAUUAUUAUUAUUAUUAUUAUUAUAUCAGAUAAGGAAGUAAUACAGUAAAGAGGUUUUUUGUUUUCUGUUGAGGGAAGAAGAAUGUCAGCAGCAGCUAGAAGAAUGAAUCCGAGUGAAUCUCCAGCUGGAGUUUAACUGAUCUAACCAGGUCUAACUGUUUUCCAGUCCCUCGUCUUACAAGAGCCGACAGAAACACUCGACCGUCUCUCGUCAGUCGGACUACAGCCCCUCCUCGUUUGUGCUCUACUGAUCAGUUUGUUUGUUUCUUAAUCUUUCAGUUUACAAAUGAAGUUGCCAAAGCUCUUGGUGCGAGGUCUUGCAGUAGGAAUAUGCAAACUUGUAACGCCAAGUGUGGUUCUGUUUGUGGUGUCGUGACCUCGAGAGUCACCGUCUGGAUUUCAUUUCACUCAAUAAAGACGUUUUUGUUGGAAAAUGUG